AAAACUUGUCUUUGCCUGUUAUUACUGUUUUUAUACACAUGUUGUUGACGUCUCUUGUUAAUAUCGUAUUAAUACGACUUUCCUUAUGGUGGGAAUUAAAUCUAAUAGUUAAUUUAUUUCACACACACACUCGGCUAAUGUAUUCAUAUACGCAGAAAUAUGUUUACCUGGUGAGGAAAUAAUACCUAACCCAUUACCUUGAAGGUGGAAAUUUAAAAGAAAUAGGUUUAAAUGGUGAAGAAAAAAAUAACUAACUAAUUACCCUGGAGGUGGAAAUUUAAAAGACAACGAACAGAGGAAAUGACGACAGUAAACAAGUCAGAAGAAUGAUAUACUCAGUAAUGGAUAAUUACUAAAUGCCAUUUAAAGAAUGGAUAAUCGCCACCAAUCCUUGUAGAAUGAACACAACUCAUAAGCAAUACAGAAGACAGCCCAUCUCAUAUUAAACAAUACAGAAGACAUUCCAUUCCAUAUUAAACAUUAAAGAACACAGUCUACAUAGUCAGCCAAUCAAUGGACAUACUGGUCUGAGCUGAUAAAAUAAUCAAAUUAACUUGAACGAUGAACACAUAUGAUAAAUAUACACCAUAUUAGACAGGUGUGAUGACAGGAGAACUGGUAUAACAGGUCCUAGCCGAUAAUUCAAAAACAUAAUCCACGGAACGAAUAGUACAACAGGCCUUAACCGAUAAAUCUAUUCAAAAACAAAAUUCAAGGCAGAGUUUGUAAAAACUGACCUAACUGAUAUCUCAAAAUCAGAACCCAGUGGAGGAUUUGACCAGUAUUACGUGGAACACUUGUCCUACCUGAUGAAAGAUACAAAUAUUGUACCUAGUAUCCGUUGUAAAUCAUGAAAUCGCAAGGACCAAUCAAAGACAAGAAGGCCAUAAAGCGAACAUCGACGUUGAGACAAUGUCGGUAGAAACUAAAAAUUAUUAAAUGAAUUGAUCCCCAUCUGGUGUCCGGGAAAGGGUGAGAAUAUAAUUGAAAUAGUAUCUUAUAGGAACAGUAAGAAAACUCCGACAUAUUAAUGAUAGAUUUUAAUAAAAAAAAAACAUAAAUCAGUUCUGACUCAUUAUCCGAAAACAAAAUCUAGUUGACUUUAUUGAGUUAUAUUCAGUAGACCAUCUAGGAUAAAAUAUAACAGUAACAAAAUGGCGACUUCAAAUGUUGAUGUCGUACGAACAUUGGUUUCUCCUGAAAAAUGUGAAGAAUAUAUUACCAAGCAAAGUCCUCAGUACAUACCAGUAUUAUCAACGCUUUCCCCCGAUAAAGAAGGUAUUACAAAUGUUACACUUACAGGCGUACCUUCACCAAAUGUACCUUCCAACAUGAAAUCGAACCGUGAAAUUAAGCUGAUCAAAUCUACUUAUGUGGUUGAUCAGGUUAAGGAAUACUACCAAAUCGACGAUGAAGAGCUAUUUCCUAACUACAAGCAACAUAAGAUGCACAACUCGGAAAGCUUGUUAUGUUGGAAGAACUGUUGCGUUGGUUGUGGUCCCGUUGCGUGGGCUAUGGUGUUCGGAUAUUUAAACAGGCGAUCACAUCUCAAACCUGAACUCUAUGGCACGGGAAGUCAUCAUUUAUUCAAAUUAACGAAAAGCUGCAACACGUGUGAUGGUCGCCGAAGCUUUUUCCCACAAUCCCUUAAUGAGGAAAUGGUAGAUUAUACCGAAAUGCUGCAUGAUAUUCUUGGGUCAGUUUGUGUAGCAGGGGAAAGUGUUACACUGCCGCACAGAAUGAACAGAAUAGAUGCGUUCUUCCAGGAAAAUCAGAAAUCGGGAAAUCCAAAAGUAACUAUCCAUACUAAUGGAUGGAGGAGUCUAAUUGGGAACUAUAGUGAUGACAUUAGAGAUCAAGCUAUUGGUUACAUAAAGAAGAAUUGGCCCGUGGUUGUUGGAGUGCGAUGUGGUCAUGAUCGGUUACGGAUGCAUUAUGCCGUUGCUACGAGAUAUCGGGAGAUAUUAAAACCAAAAAAGCCUAUAUUAACAAAUUUUAUUAAUAAAUCUCCACGCGAAAUGGUGACCAGGCGGGAAUUUUUUCUACAUAUGGGUCGGGCUUAUCAUAGCGACUAUGCCGAAUCGAAUUGGUGUUCAGCGAAAAUCUUCUUUGCUGGUGUGGCAACAUAUUAAAGCAGGAAGAUUAAGAGCUCCAUCAACCUCACAUACAUGCCUCUGAUUUCCGACAGAUAGGUGUUGUGUCCGAUAUGGUACUCUACUGCUACGAUUAAGGUACUGUACUACAAUAGUUGCAUUUCAGAUAAAUUACUCUUCUACGCUGUGUUUCCCAGUAGGUACUGUAUUGCUAUGGCUGAGCCUCCGGCUGAUAUGGAUUUAUUUCAAAUCAAACACUCUACUGCUGAAAUUUUUAACUGUUACGACUGAGUUUCCGAUAAAAUAUAUACUGCUAAGACUAACUACAAUACCGCAUACUGCCCGUGCAUUUCCGAUAAAAUACUGAAUGCUCUAUUUUAAUAAAAAGCGACAGUUCCAUGUUUGUAAAGUAAUAAUGUUGAAAUAAAAACUUAAAACACCUGGACUUAAAAACUUAAAACACACUUCUGCCUUCUUAUUAAGGAUUAAUCAUAUUAAACUUAUAAUUCACUAUUGUCAGUAUCUAAAUUGGCAAAUAUUAUCAUUUCCAAGUUGAGACUUUGAUCUUUAUCAAUUCUACUGAGCGGUAUAGAAACAAGAGAGCUUGUCGUGCUAUGAUUGUAUAGUUAUUUGACAGCCUAUUAAGGGCUAGAUAUAAUUAUGCUUUAAUGUCCUUAUAAAAUAUGCAACUAUCGCUUUAAGAACACAACAAUAUCACAACAACAACAUAAAAAAGCGCUGUAUAGAUGUGUAUACCUUACAAACAUAUACAAAUAACAGGUUGAUAUAAUCUAGUGUUAUAUUCUUCACGAAACAUGGGAAAUAACAGUCAGAGCGAGAUAAUUAAACUAUAGUUUGUUCUGUUUUCAACUAUCGUUUUUAUUCUAUUUUCAACUAUCGUUUGAGCUGUUUACAUCAGUAUAAUUAUAUAUAGACCAUACAUUCUGUACACCAACCAGACUGUUCGUUCAAAUCAUAAUUAUUCAUAUACUUCCUUGUGUUAUACUGUGUGAUGUUUACCCACAAAACACUUAUAUAACCCACAAAAUAUCCUCGUCGCGAUAAUGUAACGCUACAAUUCUGGCUCCCCAGCUUAACAGGCUCCUUCUCGUAAGAUGUAAAUCUAUUGAACCGUUAAUCGUAUUUAAGUUCAAGGUACAACCCUACCACGGGUUGUAAUGCAGGUAUUUUGUAUUGCCUACAUAUCACACAAGUUGUAUCUAUGUCUCUU